AUGCUGCGCCUUUGUGUGUACGUGGUCACCUUGGUGCUGGCUCUGGCCACCUUCUCUGAAGCUUCUAGAAAGCCCCACUCCCAAAUGCAGGACGAAUCCUCGAGUCCAGUGGCGAGUCGGGGCCUGGAGCUGCACUGGCCAGACCAGCUGGGCCCAGCCUCCCGUCACCAGAGGCAGCUGGGGCCCCAGGGUCCUUCACAUUUCGCGGGAGAACUGUCCAAAAAGCAGGGGCCGUGGAUGGAGGAAGAAGAAGAAGCAUAUGGAUGGAUGGAUUUCGGCCGCCGAGCUGCCGAAGAGGACAAACGUCGCUAG